GGGGAUUAUCAGGUGCUAAGUUUCGGUCAGGUUUCGGUGCCUUUAAUUAUUUCAUUAGCAACCACAACGACAACAAGGAACAUCCCAGGAACAUCCUUGGAAUCAAUCUGGAAUUGACAAAAUUCCAGACCCGUAUCAGCCCGUACCCAUCUGCUAUAAAGCCGACGUGAUGAUUCAGAAAAAAACAAAGUUUCUCUCUUUCUUUUCUUUCUGUUCUGCGGAUAGCCUCUUUGGCCUCACUCUCUUUCAUCCCUACAUUCCUUAAAAGUCCUGUUGGAUUCACCAUGAAAUCGAUUUCGAUUGCAUUUGUGACCAGCGGUCUCGCUCUUGUUGAAGCACAAGUGCAGUUGUAUGGUCAAUGCGGCGGCUUGGAGUAUACCGGAAGCACCCUCUGCGCGUCGGGGAGCUCUUGCGUCUAUCAAAAUGAUUACUACUACCAAUGUCUCCAGGCUAGUAGCUCGCAAGUCGCUUCUACUUCGGUCACUUCCGCAGUUUCUACUGGAAUAUCUACCAUCGUCGCUGUCGCAACCACGGCCUCUUCGACAACCACUGCACUCCCACUGUAUGCUCAAUGUAUGUAUGAUGGCCUUGGAAAUCGAUUCACUAAGCUGACAAUUAACUAGGUGGAGGACAAGACUGGA